AUGCUUCGAUUACGAAAGUUCAGGGGCUCCGGGGAAGGAGAGAAGGCAUUCGGAAACGAAAUGCAAAAGCUCAAAAAGCUUUCACAUCGCCACCUUGUCAACAAAGCCAAACCAAACUUUUCUGCCACAGCGUUUCUGCCGGUGCGGUCAGUGGUGCAACCGACACGACACGCUGGGUUUCCUCGAGUAAUAUCCACAGAGACUAUCGGGGAGUCCAAGAGAGGAUACGGCAAUGGGACUUUGCACCCCUUAAGCCUGGACCGCGAUCUCUUUGAGGAUAUCAUGAAAGCGUUCAAGUUGCCAAACAGGGUUAAGGAGGUCAUUUGUUCUGUACAUGGAGUGUUUUCUCGGUUCGUCGAGUACGACCGUGGAGCCCCCAGGUCUCUGUCUAUUUUAUUCUCUACGCCCAAGUCUCCCGUGAGAGAGAUAGUCUGUGCCAUCCGUAUCGACCGUGAGCUGGCCUCGGUAACGUGCCUGCUUCUUGACGAUCGACUUGAUGACCUCCACCGCACCAUCGGCGCCGUCAACAGCUCUAUGGCCGGGCUCGCAUGGAGGGACCCCGUGGCCUUUCUAGCUAUUCUACUCAAAGAGAGUGGGAGCAGCUCGGAACUGCAGCGGAAGUGUCUGGACGAUGACAUUCUCGAUGCUGAGAUCAAGACAAGCUCCACCCAGUGGCGCACUAACACGAACAAUACUCCGAACGACUUCUACGAGGCUACGAACAAGCUGAACUUGUGUCAUAACAACUUGGUCAGUUUCGCAUUGUUUCAAGUAACCAACCCUGGAGCUAUCAACAAUGCUAGCCUGAUAGCUGCAAGUAACUGCUGA